ACCCCGGCGUCCCUGGAAGCGGGGAGCCGGGGUGGUGCUGGGGUAGCUGCACAGAGCCCGGAGCCAUCGCCCAGAGCCUCCCGGAGUGGGGGACAGGUGUUCGAGCCCAGACCAAUUAUGGCUGGACGACCCCUCCGCAUAGGAGACCAGGUGGUUCUGGAGGAAGAUUAUGAUGAGACCUACAUUCCCAGCGAGCAAGAGAUUCUUGAAUUUGCUAGAGAGAUUGGUAUUGAUCCCAUCAAGGAGCCAGAACUGAUGUGGCUGGCGCGGGAGGGCAUCGUGGCCCCACUGCCUGCGGAGUGGAAACCAUGCCAGCACAUCACAGGUGAUAUUUACUAUUUCAACUUUGCCAACGGGCAGUCCAUGUGGGACCAUCCGUGUGAUGAGCACUAUCGGAACUUGGUGAUCCAAGAGCGGGGGAAGCUGUCAGCUCCUGGGGCCAUUAAGAAGAAAAACAAGAAAAAGAAAAAAGAAAAGAAAGACAAGAAGGACAAAGAGACCUCCAAAAGUCCCCUGGCCCUGGGUUCCUCCCUAGCCCCGGUCCAUGUUCCUCUUGGGGGUCGGGCUCCUUUAAGAGGCCUUGUGGAUACCCCACCAUCUGCUCUUCGUGGAUCUCAAAGGGUGAGCCUGGGGAGCUCAGUGGAGUCUGGUCAGCUCGGUGAACUCACUGUGCCUUCACAGGGUCUCAAGACUUCUGCUUAUACAAAGGGUCUUUUGGGUUCCAUCCACGAGGAUAAGAAUGCACUUAGCCUCUUGGCUUUAGGGGAGGAGACCAAGGAGGAGGAUGAAGAGGAGAGUAAUAACCAGAGUGCCUGCAGCUCAAGUGAGCUUCUUAAGAAACUGCACCUGGACAUUGGGGCACUGGGGGGUGACUUUGAGUAUGAGGAGUCUCCGAGAACAAGCCAACGAGAGGAGAAGAAGGACUUUUCCCUCAAUUCAUAUGUUGUUGGCCCCCCUACUCCUGGCCAGCUCUUCAGCCAAAGUGAAGACAGCAGCCUGAGCAGUGCCGAAGGCAAAGGGCGACAGGGAAGAGGGGUGAGUCCCUGGUUCCCAGAAGAAGAAAAUGGGAAGAGUGAUCCUGGGGCUUCCAGGAGCCUGGUGCCCCCUAGGGUGGACCCCGGCAGUGAUGAGCCUGCCAAAGCUUCUAAAACAGAGGAGGAGGUUUCCAGAAGGGAAGAGGCAGCAAAGGAACCGAAGAAGGAGGCUUCUGCUCAGAAUGAGAGCAAAUCAGAUGCCAGUGAAGACUUUGGUUUUCGCAGCCGGAAUUUGGAGCACCUGGAUGUUGAUGUGCUUUCCCCAGUCCUGGAUGGAGCCCAUUGGGAGGCCCAGAGGUUAGGAAUACAAGACAGGGAUGACAGCCAGUCCAGCCAAGAUGAGCUGCACAGCAAGGAGUCCAAAGCCUCGGAGAGGUUAUCUCCUCCACUUAUGCACGGGGAGCAGCUCCAGAUUCCCCUUCAUAGCUGGACCACUGAAGAAGGGUCUCCGCCAGCCCCUGAGGGGCAGCCUGAGCUGAGGGAAGCAGAGGAACCCCGGGAGGACUCUGUAACUAGCCCCACUCCACCACUUUCUCUUGAGAGGGAGCAGGCUCCAAGCCCACCUGCCACCCACAAGAGGGGCAAGGAGCAGCACUACCAGGCUGAGGAGCUGGGCCCAGGGCAGGAAGAGGCCGAGGAGACUGAGGAGCUUGAGGAGAAGGUGGCGGUCAGCCCUGCCCCACCAGUCUCUCCAGAGGUGCGAUCCACAGAGCCUGUGGCUCCCCCAGAGCAGCUCUCCAAGGCUGCACUAAAGGCCAUGGAAGAGGCAGUGGCCCAAGAACUUGAGCAAGACCAGAGGCGGCUGUUGGAAUCAAAGCGAGAGAAGAUGCAGCAACUGCGGGAGAAACUGUGGCAAGAGGAAGAAGAGGAGAUCCGGCAGCUUCACCAGCAGAAAGAGAAGUCUCUCAGUUCCCUGAAGGAGCAGCUGCAGAAAGCCACCGAGGAGGAGGAGGCUCGGAUGAGAGAAGAGGAAAGCCGGAAGCUGUCCCAACUGCGAGCCCAGGUCCAGUCCAGCGCAAAAGCAGAUGAGGACCAAAUCAGGGCUGAGCAAGAGGCUUCCCUGCAGAGGCUGAGAGAAGAGGUGGAGUCUCUACAGAAGGCCGAGAGGGCUGGAUUGGAGCAGAAAAACAGGCAAAUGCUGGAGCAGCUCAAGGAAGAGAUGGAGGCUUCAGAGAAGAGAGAGCAAGUUGCCCUGAACACCGAGAAGGAGAAGGCCUUGCAGCUGUUGAGGGAGCAGCUGGAGAGGGAGAGGAAAGAUGCGGUGGCAGGGCUGGAGAAGGAGCAUAGUGUCGAGCUGGAGCGGCUCCGUUCCUCACUGGAGGCCAAGCACCAGGAGGUGGUCAGCAGCCUUCAGAAGAAGAUAGAGGAGGCUCAAAAGAAAGAGGAAGCCCAGCUGCAGGAGAACCUUGGGUGGGCAGAGCAGAGAGCUCACCAGAAGGUUCACCAAGUGAUGGAGUAUGAACAAGAGCUCAGCAGCCUCCUGCGAGAGAAGCGCCAGCAGGUGGAAAGGGAACACGAGAGGAUGAUGGACAGGAUGAAGGAGGAGCACCAGCAAGUGGUGGCUGCAGCCAGAGAGCAGUAUGAAGCGAAGGAGAGGAAGCAGCGGGCCGACCUCCUAGGGCACUUGACAGGAGAGCUGGAGCGCCUUCUAAAGGCCCAUGACCAGGAAUUGGAGACUGUGAGGCAGAAGCAGGACAAGCAGCUUGAGGACUUGCAGCGCCGGCACCAGGAGCAGGAGAGGAAGCUCCAGGAUUUAGAGGUGGAACUUGAAGCCAGAACUAAAGAUGUCAAGACCAGAUUGGCUCAGCUGGAUGUGCAGGAGGAGACUGCCCGGAAGGAGAAACAGCAGCUGCUUGAUGUGCAGAGGCAGGUUGCUCUGGAGAGUGAGGAAGCCACAGCCACCCAUCAGCACCUGGAGGAGGCAAAGAAGGAGCACGCGCACCUGCUGGAGUCAAACCGGCAGCUCCGAAGAGUUCUGGAGGAGCUUCGCACCCACAAAUUGGAGUUGGAGUCCCAGGUGGAUCUGCUGCAGAUGCAGAGUCAGAGACUGCAGAGACAUGUCAGUGGCCUGGAGGCUGAAGCUCAGAGGAAGCAGGACAUGUUGAAGGAGUUGGCAGUUGAGGAGAGUCAUGCUUCCCCACAUUUUGAGCCAGAUCUCCACAUUGAGGACCUGAGGAAAUCUCUUGGGACAAACCAGACCAAAGAGGUGCCCUCUUCUCUCUCCCAGAAUAAGGAAGACACUGACUUGUCCUUGAACAGCGUCCGGCACUACCUCUCUGCCGAGGGGAUAGCCCUUCGUAGUGCCAAGGAGUUCCUGGUGCGGCAGACACACUCCAUGCGCAGGCGGCAGACAGCUCUAAAAGCCGCCCAGCAGCACUGGCGCCAUGAGCUGACCAGUGCGAAGGAGGUGGCCAAAGACCUGCUGGGCGCCGAGUCCCUGGAAGAUGUGCGCAAGAAUCUGGAGGAGGAGACCAGGCACCUGGAUGAGAUGAAGUCGGCCAUGCGGAAAGGCCAUGACCUCCUGAAAAAGAAAGAGGAGAAGCUGAAUCAGCUGGAGUCCUCUCUUCGGGAAGAGGCCUCAGAGGAGGACACUCUGAAAAGAUCCCCCACCAAGAAGUCGGUGACCUUUGACCUCAGUGACACAGAAGACAUGAGCAGUGAGAGUUCUGAACCUUGCCCCCUGCCUCACAUCAACCUGGCCCCAAGUUCCACCUUCCCCAACAAGAUCCAUUACUUGAGCAGCUCCCUGCAGCAGAUCAGCAGCCAGCUGAACAGUGUCCUCAGCAUGCUGGACAGCCUCAACACUCAGCCGCCGCCGCCGCUCUUCCCUUCCAUGCCUGCUCAGUUCUCUCCCUGGACCUCCAAGAGCACCCCUGCUCCCACCUACUCCUCCCAGGCCAGGGCUUUAGCCUCAUCCCUCUUCACACCCAUGUCCACCCAGUGGGCCUGGGACCCGGGGCUGGACCCCAGGUUCUCCUUGGCGGCUCAAACAGUGGAUGACUUCCUGCUGGAGAAGUGGCGCAAGUAUUUUCCAUCUGGCAUCCCAUUGCUCAACGGCAGCCCUUCCCCCCUGGAGAAUAGGCUAGGCUAUGUGUCUGCCAGUGAGCAGCUCCGCCUCCUGCAGCGCCCCCAUCCCCAAGUCCCUGAAGUGGGCAGCACCAACUUUCAGAGCAUGGUCGAGGCUAACCGGAAGUGGCUAGAACAUUUCAAGAAUGACCCCAAGUCAUAUUUCUUCUCCUCAGUGCCCAAACCAACAGCCACGUCAGACCUACUCCAGCUGGGCCUGGAUGAGAACAGCAGGCUGAAGGUGUAUCACUACUGAGGCUCAAGUGUGGGUUUUGGGGCAGCCUGGGCCCCUCUUCCACCCAGACCAAGUGCCUGAGGAGCUGCCUGUACUUUAUUUCCUCUGAUAGAGCAGUCUCCUGUCCCCUUUGCUGCUUGCCCCACUCAGGACUUGGAAGGACCAUGGGGGGCUGGGGGUGGGGUGGGUGAAAAGGAUGUGGAGACUGGAAACAGUAAUCCACACAGUGUGACCUCGUAAUGUAUGGGACUGAACUGUAUGGACUUCCUGUGAUCUCCUGUGUCAACGUGGCAACAUCAAUGAUGUGCGGCAGCCGAAGGGGAUCAGGGACGCAGGCACCUUUGGAAAGAAGGGUGGGAUUCAGGGAGCUACGUUCAGAGGCCAGGGGAAUCCCUUUGGAGUGGAGUUGGUCCUUGGACCUAUAGGGCUCUGUUUGGGGCUUCCAGGAAGGUUAGGUGUAUGGUUCCUAAUUCACUAGGAGAAAGCCCCCUAGAAUGUCUGUACCCAGGGCCAGGCUCUUCUGGGCCCACAGCUGUCUCUUCAAUACCUCAUCCUUGUAGAGAUCAGACCCUUUCUAUUCUCUCUCCUUUUUUUUUUUUUUGGUCUUUCUUGAACAUUCCAUCUCUCCUUUUGACUAUCUGAAGAUUGGGUGCAGCUGCCCAGAGCCCUGCUGAGGUUUCUGGAGGCUGGGCCCUGGGAUGUUUUGUCACCUCUCUUCCCUCUGGCACCACUGUGCUUUCCUUGGGGGCUGUCCUCAGGAACGCCCCCCUCUCUCCUGGGGCUCCUCGCCAGAACCCAGCUAGUCUCAGGUCUCAAGCACAGAAUUUCUCCAGGAAGCCAAAAAGCCACAGGAAAAGACUGGGAUGGCUUCUGGUACUCAUCUUGGUUUUCCUCUUCCUGGAACAACUUGAGUAUAUUCAUGGAUCCUUGUUUCCGUCUGUCUUUUCUACCUGUGCCAGCUCCUGCCUCUGACCUCACUGCUGCCUCCUCCUGGAGCUUGGUGGGUGAGGGGCUGGGCCAGUGCUUGGCCCUGGUGGUAAAGGGACCUUGUGCCAGUUGGAGCUGCUGCCAUUCUGGCACUGCUUCCUGCAGCCC